CCGUGACCCGGAAGUACUUUUUAUGUGUCGGGACAAGGCGCUGGUGUAAACAGUGACCAAUAACGAUUUCACCGUUAGAGUUUUACUAUAGACGUUUAUUUAUUAACACUCUGGAACUCAAAAUAUGAAUAAUUUAGCAGUAUAACAUAAUAUACAUACCCCGUGUAGUGAGUAAUUCGCGUUUGAAACGGGACUUGCUUGAUAGAUGUUAUCUAGGUAACGCUAGCUACCUAGCUGCGUAGCUAACAAUGGCUAACUGUAUGGUUUUUCACACUCAAAUAGCCUCUAUCAUGGAGGUGCUGGCGAAUGCAGCCGUGGCAGAGAUAUGUAAAGUAGUAGACGACGACUAUGCAGUGUUCCGUUUGGAAAUAACUCAAAGCCAGAAAGAAAACAGGGCAUUGCGGAGGAAACUACAGCUACUGGAACUGAAGGUGUCACGCGAGCGCGUCCUUGCCAGUCGUCCCAGAAGUAUCAAGAUCCUCGACCGAUACAGAGGAAUGGCAAGAGGUGAAGGACAUCUCACUGGAGGCCACAGGAACUUUGUGAAGCCAGCAGGACACAAUACAUGGAGAGAUGACCAACCAAUCACUGUUGAUGAGGGGAAUGGAACCUCAACCCAGCACGUUAUCAUGAUAGAGUCUGCAGAUGUAGAGGCUGCAGAUCCUGGAGGAUCAUCUCUGGUCAAGCAGGAGAGGACUGAAGGAGAGGAGGACCGACAGCACAGCAGAGACAUCCAGACUGUGGCAGCCGCUGUAGUGGCGCACCCUGUAGCCACGGAGGACCUUGCCACCGCCCCCCAGCCCAGGACCCAAUGCAGCAUCACGGAGGUCAGUGGAACGCCGAACGCCGUCCUCAAGUCAGAGACAGACACCGAGACUUUAACUGUAACACAAAGGCAUUUACACACAGGAUCUGACCACAGAUCAGACCCAGAGAGACUGGGGCCACUGGGAUGUCCUCCUGCUUCCGGCUCAGAGUAUAUACUUUACGGUAACCGAAGCCUGAGGACGGUUCAUUCCCAUCGGGACUCAGGUGACGCGUUACAGACUGGCAAUGAUCCGUCUUGUCAUUACACUACAGAGAUGGACCCUGGCAACAUAUCCUUGGGUUUAGAGACACAGACUGAUCAGUCUAGAGGGGACUGGAACCGGUACAGUAGUAGUGUAUACUCUGAAGGGUGCCUAGAUAAGAAAGGGGAGGGUUUGGUCAUAGAUGAAGUGACUUUAAAAGUGGAAGGUGACGUUCCUCCCACAUGGAAUGCAGAUAGUCACCUAGGAGAUGGACACUCACAGGGCAGAGGUUUCUUAGAUUACAGGGAAAGCUUAGAGACAAAUCCAAAUGUCGUGACCCACUCCCCUUUACACUCGCUCAGGGAUCCCGACCCAGUGUCCACAUCGAUGGGGCCUUCCAAUUCACACGGCCGCGUCCUUUUUGAUCAGGAGGAUGAGGGUCCAGAGGUGCUGCUGGUGAAGGAGGAGGGUCUGGGGAACUCUGAGAGGACCAUGGCCAUGGAGGACAACCAGACUACACCUCCUCCUGAACCCACAGAGGAACCAGUUGAACAGCACAGGACCAAACACAGUCUCACUGAGUCAAUAGACAUGGAGGAUGGGAAGAUUGAUCUGCUGCUGGUCAAAGAGGAGACAAUAGAAGACGGACCAGAGAGCAUUGAUCUGCUGAGUGGACUAAAGAUGGGGGAGCAAGGUGGUUUGCUGGAGGCUAACAGAGGAGACUGGGUGGCCAUCUUGGAUUCCCAGACUGGUGCAGCCAAGGACCCAGGAGACAACAUCACUGACCAGGCCAGGACCAGAGGUGACUUAGUGGAGGUCAGUGGAUGGGACAGCGUCCUCAACUCUGGAGUGAGGAACAACACCUUUAACCACAACCAGAAACAGACAGUCGAACACAAAACAACCAAACUUAGUUGCCAUGACAACAGACUGGCUGAGACCAGGGCAAGGCGUAGAUUUGGUCUGCAGGGACGGGGAGGUGUCCGUAUACGGCAGGAGAGAACAGACACAGACUCGGCUAGCGAUGCUCCGUCCUGCUCCUAUAGUUGUGAUUCAGAGAGACUGAUGGGGCCUCAGGUUAACCACCUAACAGGUUCUGCCUUCAGCCUGCCUUCUAUGGGAUCUAUCAACUGGAACAUGGACCCUGUGACAACACAGACACUCCCUGGCCUUCAUCCUCCUCACACUCUCCUGUUAAACCAGACCUCAGACAAUAUCAGUGCCUCAACACUUAAUGGCUACACAAGUCCAUUGACAAAUGACAGUAGUAGUAGUAACGCUAUCAGCAGAUCCAGUGGCAAAGAGAAGCGCUUCCCGUGUUCAUUCUGUGGGAAAGCCUUCAGUUUCCCCAAACAGAUGGAGAUCCACCAGAGGAUGCACACGGGUGAGAAACCAUUCGGCUGUCAUCUUUGCCGGGCCAGUUUCUCCCAAUUGUCCAACCUGAAGAGGCACCAGAGGGUCCACACAGGGGAGAAGCCUUACAGCUGCCCCCAGUGUGAGAAGAGAUUCUCCCACCAGCACCAUCUGAAGAUACACCUGAAGGUCCACACGGGGGAAAGACCUGUACGCACUGGGGAAAGAGUUUCUCGGAGAGGAGCUACCUCAGGAUACACCAGCAGAAAAUGCACACGGACAACGUAUAGUGUAUAGUGAGUGAUACAGAAUGUCACUUUAAAAAAAAGCCAAAAACAAAUAAAGUAUGUCUUUUCCUUCAGGGUCCCGUCUAAUGCCUGGUGACUGGGUUCAUACAAGGCCUGGGCCUGAAUCUGGGUCUAGCCUUCCUCAGUUACCCCACCAAUACAGACAGGGUCUGUACCUAGCCUAUAACACAGCAAGCACACAAUGCCAACAACACCCAAACAAAUACUAGAGGUCAAGGAGGGCGCUGAAAGACUAACCACCUGAGGGUGGCUCCUGCUUCUACAUCCUCCGAUGUCAUUGGGUCACAACAUAGGAGGCCGAGCAUUAGGACGGACACCGACAAGCUGUAUGCCUGCCCCACGUGUGUGAAGCGCUUCACUGAGGUGAACUAUGCGAAGAAGCACCAGACCGUUCACACUAAGGAGAGGCCCUUCAAGUGCAAACUAUGUUACAAGAGCUUCUCAUUCCUGAGUAACAUUAUCAGACAUAGGAGUGUCCACAAUGGGGAGAAAUCGUAGCAGUGUGUCUUAAGAUGUACACAGGGGACAUCUGGGAACCAUUCUUUAGCUGACAUAUUAUAAUUAUCAUGUGAAGUGUCUUGGGGUAAGAGGGUAAUUAACCACAUAAUUCAUAAAACCUUUGUUAACUUGUCAUUUAAAAUAGGCUUGUGUAUCUAUUUUUAGAGAGACUAGGCUAGAAUAAAGGACAGUUUAAUAUUGACCUUACUGAGGUGAUGUAGAUGGAAUAAAGUAAUUAUUAUUUUCUACUCUA